AUGACGAAUGCUACUUGGACGGAGGUUAGGCAGAAACAAAGCAAGCAAGUCAAUAAGAUUUCAGUUUGGACAGCUAAGUUAGGGAAUGAUCAUGUAGCUGGCAAACAUCUAUCUUACUUCUUCUUCACAGAAUUUCCAGAAAGUUAUAAUGCAAAGGAGAUGGCUGAGAUGUUCAAAGAUUUUGGAUUACUAUCAGAUGUCUUCAUUCUGGAAAGGAGAGAUAAACGCGGAAGAAGAUACAGUUUCGCGAGAUUUAGGAAGGUUUAUGAAGAAAGACUUAUAGUUGCGAGGUUAGAUAGUAUUCAAAUAAAAGGCAAGAAAAUCUUUGCAAAUGUUCCCAGAUUCCAAAGAGUUCGCGUGAGAGCUAUGCCAAACAAUACAAACAAGCUGAAUCUUGGAGUUCAACAAAGAAUCCAACAUAGGGAUGGGUGGAAAACUGGUAUUCAGGGGAAAAGCUUUGUGCAGUAG